UAUACAGUAGCUCUCUCACUACUUUGGUAUUAGAUGGUAAAAUGUUUAGCUACCCGUAAAAUAUUGCAGCUUGCUUGUUAUCUUUUAGGGUUAAAUUUGGUGUAAUUAUAGCGUAGUGCCCAAAUGUUGAAUUACAGUGUGAGUGUCUUUAUGUAACAUUUAUGUAAAUUUUACUUAUGGAAAAGCAGUGUACAAAAAAAUGUGAACAGGUUGAUAUAAUUUGGACAGAAAAUAUUUCCUCAUUGACUGAAGGAUAAGUUUAAGAUAAGACUGACAGUGAUCUCGUACUAUUAUAUACAGUGGUUCAGUGACUAAAACACAGCUUCACUUGUAUUAGUGUAACAGAAGAUCGUUAAGAAAAAUUUAAACAGAAAAGGUGUACCAACUUCGUGUUCACAAGGUUAUACAGAAAAAUACAUCUAUUUGUGGUGAAUGAAGACAAAAUCUGCUGUCACUUUUGAUUUUAGUGAAAACAAUCCUAGAUGACAAGUAAAACAGAAAAGAAGGUGAAACUGACUGUGCCUGACUCUAGUAGUGAAGAAGAUGAAGGCAUUGUUAUUAAAUUCAAUUCCCUUGGUAGAGGGACUGUCCGUCGUCGAGCAUCACAAAGAAGUCGAAGAUGUCAGCCAACUACGACGACGGCCACCCUGGUUCAUACCAGCAGAAGAGGGUCAGACACAUACCUCGAAGUUCUCCCAGAUCUCACUCAAGGAGUAGAUGAGGAGGAGACCUGGGAGAAACUUCAACAAAUUCGAGCUCAUGCUGUUCCCAUGGAAGAGAAAAGAAAACUUAAACGUCAACUUCAGUCAGCUCCAACACUCCGAACUCGUGGUCUAGCAGCCUUUAAAUUAUCUAGGAGAAAAUUUUGGACCCAGGCGAAGAACAGGUUACGAGAGAUGAUUUCCAAGAUAGAGUUGUGGCAUUGGAGUCUUCGUUACGUAGAGGGAAAUUUUGGCACAGGUCUCGUGGCUUUCUUCACUUUCAUUAAAUGGUUGCUGUACCUCAAUGUCUUCACCUGUGUGUUGUUAGCUGUGUUCAUUCUUGUGCCACAGAUUGUUCUUGCACAUCCAAAGGAUGACUGCACCAAGGAGAACAGUCCAUUUCUGGAUGAUGAUAAUAGCACAUCUUGGAUGUAUGAUAACCAAACCAACUGCUGCUUUGAAGAAUACCGGAUGGAAGUUCUCAAGGAAUCACAAAAUAUUGAUGGCCUUGGUGUCGUCCGGAUGGUUCAAGAUGGCGUUCAAGGAACGGGUGUACUGGAACUUUCAUACCUUUUUUAUGGGUCAUAUGAAAGGCGCAUUCUAACUCUAGAUGAAGCUCGAGGCUGGAAAUAUAAUUUACCUUUAGCAUACCUGUUAGUGGUGGUGGUGACACUAGUCCUUAGUCUGGUGCUUAUGGUGCGAGAAGCUGCUCGUGGUCUCAGAGAGAGUCUCAGGUCAUCAGAGGGACAAUUUUAUCAGUACUGCAAUUUAAUAUUUGGUGGUUGGGACUACUGCAUUGAGAAUAACAAAGCAGCAUCAAUAAAAAAGAAAGCAAUAUAUAAUGAACUCUGUGAUCACCUGGAGACAGAGAGAUAUAAUGAUGAAAAGGAACAAAGAACAAAAAGAGAAAGAUGCCGAUUGUACUUUAUACGUCUUGUAGUUAAUAUGGUGGUGUUGUGUUUACUGUCUGCUUCCUUCAGUGCCAUCUUCUAUAGCACCUCUUAUGCCUUUGAACAACUCCAGACAUUGAAGGGUAAUGCUCAGAAUGAGUGGGAUGAGCUGCGGAUUUUGUUGUAUGAGUACCUACCUUCUGCUGUGAUUGUCACACUCAAUAUAAUCAUCCCUUUCAUACUCAGGAUUCUUGUUGAGUUGGAGCAUUAUACACCCACCUUUAUUUUGGUGCUGACACUUGUCCGCACAGUGUUCCUGCGGCUAGCCUCACUCGUCGUCCUCCUCUUCUCCAUCUAUCAAGGCAUCAGCCAGUGUCCCAUCCCAGAAGCUGGCAACUGUAUAAAUGAAGACUGUGAUCAACCUAGAUGUUGGGAGACAUAUGUGGGCCAGCAGCUGUACAAAUUGACAAUCUUAGAUUUGAUUAUUAUGUUCAUAUCAACUUUCCUAGUCAACUUGCCAAGAAAAUGUAUUGGCCACAAGCUCAUGCGAGGCAGCCGUAUUGGGGCAGCCAUAGGAGAUAUAGAGUUUAUAAUUCCUAAGCAUGUGCUGGACAUUGUGUAUGGCCAGACACUAUGUUGGCUUGGGAUGUUCUACUCUCCAAUACUUCCAGCUGUGACUGGCAUCAAACUAGUUUUUGUGUUCUACAUAAAAUAUUUUGACUGCACUGUGAAUAGCAGUCGAUCAUCUCAGCUGUACCGAACAUCACGCUCUAAUGCCCUCUUCAUCAGCAUUCUCCUAGUGUCCUUCAUCGUUACUAUUAUUCCCGUUGGCUACUCAAUUGCUGAAAUUAAGCCUUCGAUUGCGUGUGGCCCAUUCAGAGGUUUAACUACCAUCUGGAGUGAAAUGGUUGGAGUCAUAUCAGAAUCUCCUAACUGGCUGCAGGCUGUGCUGUUCUUCAUAGGAACAGCUGGUUUUGCCGUUCCAGCCAUAAUUAUACUCAUCCUGGCCUGGUACUACUACUAUGCGGUGGCUGCCGCCAAUAAGCACAUGGUGGCGCUAUUGAAAAAUCAGUUGGUCCUGGAGGGGCAUGACAAACAGUUUCUCUUAACAAGGCUAGAUCACAUGAUCAAGAAGACUGCCGAGGAGGAGGAAGCAGCCAAGUCUUCCAGCAAUACUGAAGAAGAGACAGGACAUAGUAAUGACCAGACUCUGGAGGCUUAAGCUUGUGCUCAAGGUACUGCAGCAACAAAUUAUAAAUUGUACAGAAUUGUUAUCAGAAUUUAUAAAUAUUGCUUUUUCUAGCUGCUAUUCCUUACAGGGGCCUAGAUUAAAAUGCCAUUUCUUAUGAAUAAGAAAAGAUUUGUAGAAGGGUCAUAAGAGGCUUUAUAUAUAUGUACAUAUAUGUUAUGUAUGCAC